AUGCCUUUCACAACCACCUCCGAUAAACAAGAGAUCUACUACGAAAAGACCGGUUCCAGUGGUCCAGUAUUGGUGUUGGUUUCCGGAUACAUGGGCAUUGCCGAUAUCUGGCAGCCUCUGAUCAACAAAUUACAACUGCAGUAUCAAUGCAUCGCCUACGACAGCCGAGGCUUUGGGCGCUCGUCAAAGCCGGAACUUGCCCUUGCCUAUAGCAUUGAACGUCAUGCGGAGGACCUCCACGCCGUUCUAGAAUCUCUCAACCUGAAUAGCAAGGUGAUCCUUGUCACUCAUUCGAUGGGGACAAACAUUGCCUCGGCUUUCUUCCUCUCAAACCCCGAUCGCGUAUCCGGCAUCAUCAGCUCUGCAGCCUACUUCGACGGCAAGUCUAUCGGAAACCAAGGUCUGGGAGCUGAACAUCUUGCGAUUUCCGUCGACGUGCCAUCCGCCUGUGUUGAAUUCUACACCAACAUGGGUCUAGAUCACCGAUUUGCGAUCGAGGCAGCUAAGUGGCCGGGGUACACGCGCAGAAACAAUGCCCUGGCUCUUUUUGCCUACGAUAUCGGCAACCGGUAUUCAGAAAUUACCGUGCCGUGUCUGAUUAUUCAGGGCGCGGAAGACAUGGUUUGUCCAGUCGAUCAAUGUGCGCGGCCCAUCGCAGAGGCAAUACCCGAUUGCAAGCUGGAGGUAUUGGAAGGCGUCAAACAUUUCCCUAUCACAGAGGCCGUUGAAAAAGUGUUUACUUUGAUCAAUACUUUUUGUCAAACCCUUACCUAG